AUGAAGAAUCAUAUUAGAAUAUUCACAGGAACGAUAUUUGUUCUUUGCCUUUUGGUGCAACCAAUAAUAUCGGCUAGUGGGAUUGAGUUGUAUGAUAAGGCGACAGGGAUAAUAGGGAAGUUGCCCUCACAAUAUGAGCUAAGAGAACCGGUGUAUAACCAUGAUAAUAUUGAUAACAAUUUGUUUAUUCCGCAAUACAGACAAGACAUAAAUGACUAUGAACAUGGGCGAGAAAAGAGCAAAACAAGCGAAGAAAUUGAGUUCGAGAAGGCGUUGGUGUUACUAGAAGAAUCAGCGGAAUUGAACCACCCCGAGGCGUUGGUGGCCGUGGCAGAUGUGUACGUGUUUGGAAAUUAUUCGACUGUGGCGAAUUAUUCCAAAGCACUUGAUUAUUAUCAUAGGGCGGUCUCCAUCAAGGCCAAUGGACAUGCAUAUUUUAUGCUUGGAUUCUUGUAUGCCACCGGAGCGUUUGGAGAAUUCUCCGUUGACCAAUCGAAAGCUAACUUGUAUUACGAGUUUGGGUUAGCAAAUGGUGAUACUAAUUCCAUUUUGGCUUUAGCGUACAGAAAUUUGGUGGGAAAUGGAGUGCCGUUGAAUUGCGAUUUGGCGCUUUACUAUUAUACUAGAGUUUCACACCUUGGAAUGGACUUAUUGAAGAAUUAUAACGAAGAAAACGAAGAAGACGAUCUUUUCUACAACAUAAGGUUGCCUGAUUUCAAUGGAGGAAUCUACGCCGACAAAGUAAGCGAGAGCCCGACAUCCAUAUACUCGACCUCUAAAAGUUAUACUUCUUCAAAGAAUGUCUUGAAUGAAUUCAGUUUGGAUAUAGAUCACGAGCCUGUUGAAUAUUAUUAUGAUGCAUUGGAACAAUAUGAUGGAGAUUAUUUUAUAACCAAGAAUCAUACCAGGGCAUUCGAAAUAUUGAGAGAGUGUGCUGAUUAUGGUGAAGCGGUUUAUGGUGUGAAGAAUUAUCGUAAUGCAAACGAAAUUAAUAUAGUUUUUUUGAGUCGCUGUCAAGGUCUUUUGGGACAUAUGUAUCUUAAAGGCCAUGGAACUAAGAAGGACUAUGACCUUGCAUUCCAUUGGCUUGAUGCAUCUACUAAACUUAGAAAUACGUCUGAGGCAUUAAAUGAUAUCGGUCAAAUAUAUGAUAAGGGUCUUAUUGAAGGAAAGUCAGAUACAGUGACCGCAAUCAAGUAUUAUAAAGAUGCAAUUAAGCUUGAUUCACACGAAGCUCGCCUUAAUCUUGCUAAGUUAUUGAUAAAUGAAAGUGGGAAUGAAGAAGUUUUUCUGAGCCCAUAUCGUGAACAAAUAUACGAGAAUGUUCAAAAAGCGGUCUACAAAGGAAAUACAGAAGCUUUAUAUUACUUAGGGGAGUUUUUGCAGUCGGGAGUUGGUGCAGCUGUUCAGAAGGAAAGACAAUUCACUUGUGAAAACACUGCUAUGUAUUAUAAGAUAUUUGUUGAAAGGUUAGAAAGAUAUUUUAUGCCUCAUUUGAAAUAUGCUUUUGACGAGUUAAGAUUUGGUAAUUUCAAGAAUGCUUUGAUUGGAUAUCUGAUUGCAGCUGAACAAGGUCUAGAGAAUGCACAGGUAUCAACUUCCUAUUUACUCUUUCAGUUGCAGCCAUUCAUCCUGAAGCACAAAAAGAAGACAUUUUCCAAAAAAAGAAUAGAUUCAUCUCUUAAAUAUCUUGAAAGAGCUUCAUUACAGAAUAAUGUCGAUGCCACAGUUUUGCUUGGUGAUCUUUACUUGAAUGGAGUUGUUGGAUCAAACUUUUCUACCGAUUAUAGUAAAGCAUUUACCUACUUCAAUAAGGCCGCUCAUCAGCACUCAUCACAUGGUUGCUAUAAUUUGGCAUAUAUGUAUGAAUAUGGACUUGGCCCAGCAGACAGUUCUGUUGAUUAUUUCAUGGCUAAAAGAUAUUAUGACUUGAGUUUGAAAUACAGAGAGGUGACUGAUAGAAACUCGAAUAAGAUUCCCAUCAAUUUAGCCUUGUUAAGGUUGCGUUUGAAAUUCUUAUUUAAUAAGAAAAAAUUCAAUGUAAAUAAUAAUGGUGAAACCACUGGAUGGUUGGGUGCAUUCAAGAAUAUUGGAAAUAAUAACAAAGAGGAUUUAUCUGAAUCGUCAGAGAGGUCUAAUGCAAGAGCAAAAUCUCACCACGAAGGUGAACCGUAUUAUGACGAGGAAGAAUAUGAUGCUGGCGAUUAUCUAGUGAUCUUCCUUACUGUGCUAUUCUUCAUGAUUUUCUUUAUACAAAACGUAUACCGUCAAUUACAAAGGAUGAGGAAUGGCAAUCAGGGUGAUGGGCAACAAAAUCAGAACGAUAACAACCAGCAAGGACAAGGAGGCGAGCAACAACCUCAGAAUGGCUGGAUUGGAAAUCAGUUCCAUUUAAGGAGACGAAAUUUCGAAUUUCACUUUUUUGCACUCUGA